UUCUUCUAAUUUCUUUUGGCAUCCAUUGCCUCAGCAGCAUAACUGCAUUAAUUUUUUCUUUCCUUUCGUUGUUUUUUUCCCCCUCCAUACGUCAGUGGCUUCCGCACACGUCCAAUUCAACUGUCGUUUUUGCCCACCACAACCUCGGUUGUUGGCUAUAAAUUAGCUCCGAAAAUGCUUGAGUCCAAAAUUUAUUAUCAGCAAACAGCAUCAGCAUCAGGGAGCAGCGGCAUGCAGUAUCAGGGAGCAGCGGCAAGCGCAUUGCAACCGAGAAAACUUUUAUUUUGUGCAAUCCAAUUUUCCACAUUUUCACAAUUUUCCUCUACUAAUUUCAUAUCCACUAUCAUUCUUCCUAUCUGCCUUUUUAGUUCUAUCGAUGCUUCUUCCUCGCCUUUCUUUGUUCGUCUGUUUGCCUUUCUAUUUUUCUCUAUGUGGCAAUUUGUUAUUGUCUGUUUCGUUAGCAUCGCGUGCGUUGCUCGCGCGUCGCUGGUUGAGGUGUUUACAAGUUGUUGUUACUACUGUUGCUGAGUUUGUUGUUCUUAUUGUUUUUUCUGUGGCAACGGUUGUUUUCAAGCACUAGACAUACAUAUAUACAUACAUACAAACAUAUAGAAAAAGUUCACUGGCGUAGUUCUGCGUGCUACAAUUCUACAAAUUUGUUGCUGCUCUUUUCUCUAGAUUUUGGUUGGCGGAAAAAGCACAACUCACCAGCUCUCGACGCCGAACCAGCAGCCGCCCGCUACACGUACGCCAGCCAACAGCGAACCGCAACAACAGCAGCAACACUUAGCCAAACAAACAUUUUACGGCAACAACCUAACGCAAUCAUGUGUCGUUGGCCGUGGCUAAGACGAAUAGGCGCACAGCAAAGCGCAACAGUAAACAGCCAACUUAAACGGCCAAGAGCCAACAAGCCAACAGCGAACACAACGAUAUUGUGAAAAAUCGAAAAAUCGUGUGCAAACAAAGACAGCAAAAAGAAAAGCAUGAAAUAACAGAAAAAAAAAUACAACGACUACGGCAACAGGCGGCAACCAAGCAACAGCAACAACAAGUGCAAAGAAAUAAAAACGCCAGUCAGCCCAACAAGCAGGUCGACGGGCCGGCAGCGCUUCGCUUGGCAAUUUAUGGCCGCGAGCGUGAAUUUGAUUUGAUUUGGGAGUAAAAAUCAGCCGGCGCUAGAGAGAGACCUUCCUCUAUGUACGCUCCCAUUGCAUGGCUCGCCUAAGCAGCGCUCGCUGUCUGUGCGCUCAGUGCUCGGCGCUCAGCUGUUGGUCAACGCAACGCGCUCACCCAUUCCGAACCCAAAAAUAUUUGUACUAUUUGUGCUUCGCAGCGCUGGCGAGCUGGCGCGGAAAUUAAACAAAGAAAAGCACGCGAUAAACGGGUGAAAAUUAAGUUCGUGUUCUUAUUUUCCAUUACAAAUUUUUUCAGCGUUUAUUUCACAAAGUAGUGCUAAUUUUCACUGCGCGAAGUUGAUGAAGUAAUUUUGUGCGAAGAUUGUCGGAAUCCGGAUAUUUUGUGUAAGAAUUUUUGUAUUUCGGCGUAUUUUAGCGCAUGUUGGCUGCUUUAAAUUAAAAUAAAAUUGAAAACGUGGAAUUAAAAAUAAUUUUGCACUUAUAGAUAAAAAGAAAGCAAAUUCAACUCAAAAAAUUAAUAAUAAAAAGAAGAAGCAGAGCAGCGUUGAGCGAAAAAGUGAGAAGCGUUAAACAAGUGUUUAUACAAAAGUCUCUUGAUUACAAUUCAUUAAGAAAAUAAUAAUUAUUUUUAACUAAUUACUACAUAAAAAUACCUACAAAUCGGCUAUUGGACUCUGAGUAGGCAGUCAAAACACCUUGAACGCGUACGUCAGCUUUGAAGGUGCAAGGUCAUAAACAACGGUGCAAUAAACUUAAGUCAUCAGUGUGUAAGAAAAAAAAUUAAUUUUUGAAUACACGUUCGAGAAGAGAAGAAGCCAUCAAAAUAGGUACUCGUUUGCGUGAAAAUAAUCCCAAUAAAGAUAGCAACAACAUGAUCUAUAUAGAUGACUCAGAGCCGGAAGGUGAACUCGAGCCAGCUUUUCCCUAUCGUGACGUGACCAUCAAACGUGGCGUUGAUGCUAACGAGUUAUAUGAGAUUAUAAGUGAAGUGGGCAGAGGCAAAUUCGGCACAGUCUACAAAUGCCAGGAGAAGGAGAAUAAACUGAAAUUGGCUGCUAAAUUUGUGCCCAUACCAAAACGUGAAGACCGUCGUAAUGUUGAGCGAGAAGUGGAAAUCAUGAAUUCACUGCAACACCAUCUCAUCAUACAAUUGUAUGCGGCAUAUGAGUAUCAGAAAAUGAUGUGCGUUGUGCUGGAGUUAGUCGAAGGCGGCGAACUAUUCGAUCGUGUGGUCGAUGAUGAAUUCGUGCUAACCGAACGUGUUUGCGUGGUGUUCAUUCGUCAAGUUUGCGAAGCAAUGGAAUUUAUACAUCGUAAUAAUAUUUUACAUUUAGACUUGAAGCCCGAAAAUAUUUUAUGCCUCACGCAGGAGGGCAAUCGUAUAAAAGUCAUAGAUUUUGGUUUAGCGCGUAAAUAUGAUCCCAAUAAGCGUUUGCAGAUUCUCUUUGGCACACCCGAAUUUGUUGCACCCGAGGUUGUGAAUUUCGAUUGUAUUUCUUAUGCGACGGAUAUGUGGAGUGUCGGUGUGAUUUGUUAUGUGCUCAUCUCAGGUCUCUCACCGUUUAUGGGUGAAACAGAUAUUGAAACUAUGGCAAAUGUUACCAUUGCCAAGUAUGACUUCGAAGAUGAGUCCUUUAGUAAUGUAUCACCGGAAUGUUUGGACUUUAUAGGAAAGCUAUUGGUAAAGGAUUUGACCACCCGCAUGACUGCCGCACAAUGCCUGGAACACAAAUGGCUGCAGCGACGACCCAAUCCGCCAAAAAUACACGCACCAAAACCAUCAAAUGUGCCGCCACCAAAAUUAAAAGCGGCCACACCUUCACCGGUGCCACCAGAAGUGGUGGAAGAAGAAGAAACGAAAGCAGCAGUGGCAGUGGCGAACGUGGAACCACAAAAAACCAAAGAAACUGUAGAGGAAGCGAGAAAGGGUGAAAAGGUGGCAACAAAAGAAGCAGUUGUGAAACCAACGGACAAGAACACGACGGAGAGCAAAGAGCUCGACACCACCAAGGACAAUUUGAAACAUUUCAUCGAACGUUGGGAGGAACAUCCAAAUAGUCCAUACGUAUUCGAUGUUGAGAGUAAUGUGAUUGCACCGCUAAGUGAGACAUCAUUCACUAAGACACACGGCCCGGAGAGCAUUUCAUCGUCACGAGUUUGCUCGCCCUCGCCGUGCGAGUCCAUUGAAACCAUAAUCGACGACGAUGUCUUCAGCAGCCCCGAACAGGACAAUGACAGUCCCAGCACACUAGCCACACCGAUAAAUGAGUCACGCGAAAAACUCUUCCCCAGCAGCGCGUCGUUGUCGUACACAGCCGGCGGUAUAACACCGACUAGCACUACGCCUACACCACAGCCGCCACUACAGUACGGACCACAACAUCUACUCGGUCGACGCGGCUAUGGUGACGAUCUCAGCGGCAGCAGCACAAAUCUCAAUCAGCAAGAGCGAAGCAUGAAGAGCUAUCUGCACACCUUCGAUCGACGCAACUCCGAUACGAGUUAUUUGCUGGGACGGCGCGCUUCUGGCGAGCGUGUGAAUUUGGCCGAUGAAAUACGUAAACUAUCCGAUCAUUUGCUCAUGUUGGCGGAGAUCAACACCAAACUCGGCAGUGAGGUCAAGUUGGAGGCGGACUCGAACAAUAAUAAACAAGCAAAGAAAACGAAAGCAGGCGGCAGCGGCGGGGAGACGUCUAAAGGAAAAGCGCAUGCGGCGCCUAAAGAAACUUCGUCUACAACAACCAAAAAGACAGUGACUACAAGUAAAGACAAAAGCGUUAAGUCCGAAAGUAGUGAGUCCACAAAAGUGUCUGGCAAUGCAACGACCACAACAACGACAACCACAAGCAGCACAACAACAAACAAGUCCAAUGCGAAUGGUGUGCGCUCAAAAUUCAGCACAGUCUCCAUGCGUUUGCAGCAAUCGAUCGAAGAGACACCAAAGCUGACUAACGGCGGUCCGAGCUUUGGUGUGCCGUGGAAAUCUAAUAUAACGACCACAAAAUCCAGCAGGAAAAGCAUCACUACGGCAGCCGCAAAGGAAGACAGCGCCACCCAACGACACGCACACGAGUCGGCAAGCGUACGGCGUGCCAAAUUUCGUAUCAAUCAAAUGUCACGCGAUGUGCCGAUCGGCGUGCCGAACAUUCACCAAGCGGUCAACCUUGAAGAGGCGGCGAACACCACCAAAGAUUGUCUGCUGCAUCUGCUGGAGAAAUAUAAUGAGACGAACAAGUGUCGCAAUCCGAUGGCGCGUCAUCAGAGCAUCAGCGUCGAUUGGAAUAUGAGUGAUAAUCUGGAAUACCGCUCCAUGAGCUCCAUCAAUGCGUUCUUUCAGCGUCACAACAAUACCGGCGAGAAUGUACGCCAACUGCAGGCGCAAUUGGAGAGUAAGACCAGUUCGCCGGGAAGUGCCAAAUGAGUUGGUGGUGCGCAGGGACGCUGAGGUCUUACGGAGUCGACCUUAACUCUUGCGCAGCAGCGGCUGUUUCUAGUCUUCGCAAACUUUUGCUUUAUUUUAUUUAAAAAAAAAACAUGACGAGAUUAAUUAAUUUAUGUUUCUUUCUCUUUGUUAAGCUCUUGUUUAACUCAUAAAAUAUUUAAUUUAAUAUUAUAAAUUCAAUUAUUAUUCUAUGUAAAUUUAUUAGUAAAU